UUCACUUGUCUAUGGAACAUUAGACGAUAUCAAAUAAAUUAAUAUCCACUAAAUUGAACCGCUUAGUAAUAAAUAGUUAAAAUGCGUUUUUUGUCGUCGUUGUGUUUCUUGGUCUUGGUUUCUAUUGCGAUGGGUGCACCUGGAUUAAAUAAUGGUGUAAAUAAAGCUGCUGAAUUUUUGUCAAAAAAUCCAAUGGCUGCUAUAAGAAAUGUUGCUGCUAAGGUGCCGAAAAAUCCAGUGGGUGCUGGCAUUGCGGCCGCAUGUGCAACGGCCGUAGUAGGUACCGCUGCUGCAAUGAGCGGUGCAAGUAACCACCCAAUCAAAACGGGAGCAGCUGUUGGAGGUUUAACUUUUGCUGCUGGCGUUUUGAACCAAGUUAAAAAGUUUCCCAAGUAAUAAUUGUCGUGUGUAAUACAUGCGCCAUUGGGUCUAAUAUGAUAUGAUGCAUCAUGUAGAAAAAACCAUAUGUAAUGAAAAAAUUUGAUAAAGGGAAAUAAAUAAACAUCAUAUUGCCUAAAAAUGUGUCCAAUAAAAAUAAAUUUCAAAGAACCAACUUCGAGGACUAAAAAUGCGUAAUUCGGUAA